AUGGCCAUAUACAAAGUAAGAAACCUUCUCGACAUAACACAGCCUUUGCUGAACCACGACUACAAGAGCACGCUUCCUUCAAUUUUUAAAGCAGUGGUUGAGAUAAGCGACGAGCCAAAGAGAGAAGACGCCGACCCCGCACUCUUUCCCAAGCCGCGCGUAAGCAUAGCCUACAUAGAGACAGAAGGAAAAGAGAUAGGCAAAGGAACGGUAUUCCAGCACGCAGAGACAAGCUCAAAAGUUAUAAGAAUGUCGAACACCAAAGUUCUAAAACAAACCCAAUACAAAAUAGAUAAGGACCUUAUCACAAAUUUGCUAUCUAAAACACAGAAAAACCCAGCAUAA